UAUAAUAUAUAUAUUUUGCUGAUGCAGUAUACAGUGUGUAUAUAUGUGUGUGUGUGUGUAUGUGUGUGUAAAUUUAUAUACACACACAUGCAAACCGUUCCUGGAAGAGAACUCUGAAUGCUUUGCUAGCAAAACACUGUGGUGUGCAAACCUAGAACUCAAUAGAAAAAAAAGCCAUUUAUCUGAAGGCUGCGUAGUGGAGAGAGUCUUCAGUUUACCUCAUUCUUUGUAGCAGCCCUUGAUUUUAACAGGUUUUUGUAAUAGGUACAAAUAAUCCCAUACCUUUCUAGGUCCAAUUUUAAGUUAAGCUAAAAUUCUUUGUAGGGUUAAUUUAUUUGUAUAUGAUUGUAGAAGGUAAGAUCAUGUAAAAUGUUAUAAUUUGGGGAAUCUUGACACUAUUUAAAUUAUUGGCAACUGUUGUCUGUUGUACAAAGGCUCUCUUUUUCUACUGGCUUAGUCUGUUACACGAAUAAUGCAUUUUCUGUGUUCAAGCACACAACUUUACAUAAAUACAAAGUUCACUGCUAAUGUUAGUUCAUAAUAUUUUGGCUAUCUACAACACUAACUUCACUCUGCUGUAAAAGUGAAAUUUGUGUUCAUCUGUAUGCAUUAUUAACACAUCUCCUUUACCAAAAACCUGAGCAAUACAAUGUUUUCUUUAUAUGCUAUAUGCCUUUGUUUGCUAGAAGCUAACAUUUUUGUAUUUACUUUAAAGGGCUGUACUAAACCCACAGCUUUACGUUUUCUCCUAGAAGCAUUGCCACUAACCCUUGAAUCCAUAAUAGUUUUAAAAUACAGUAUUUCUCUUCUCCACGUUUCCAUGCUUUCAUAUCAGUGCUUAGUUGUUAUUCCAGGUGAACACUAUGACGAUCUCCUGUUUGAGAUGUGGGGCAGGAGGUUCUUUCUUGGCAAUGGAGCUGAGUUUUUCUUCUUUUUAGUGAAACGGCAACCCAGAUGUCCCUAUCCAGUAGAGUCCCGUGUAGUCCAUGCUUCACACAAACAGAAAUGAAUGCACUGUUUUUUCAAAAGAGCUCAAUUAUAAAUUAUAAGAUGAUUACUUCCGAGAUGUGGCUGCCUCUUCAGAUAUUCAAAGAAGAAAAUGGAGGAGCCUGACGUGUUUCACACUGGCUUGUUUGACAUUCCUAUAUCUUACUGUUAACUCAGCAGUAUUUUAUUGUGAAAGAAAACCCCAGUGUCCCAGCUCACUCAGGAGUCAGAAGAGGUGAACCACCACUCUGGUGCAUUCCUUGAGUAUUCUGGGGGAAUGUCACACCUUUCCUUCCCAGGGUUAAAGAAACGUCUUGGGAAAUGACUGAAGGAGACUGUUCUUCCCCAAGUAUUAUCAUGUCUAGUUAAUUCUGAGAAAACCACUGGAUGUGUUCUAUGGACAUUUGGGAUUGCACUUCCCAUUGUGAUUUGAUUGGUCCUCAGUCAAAUGGAUCACUUUGAAGGGAAGUUUUGGUUGUCACCAUUAAUACCACUGAGAUAAAGUGUUAGCAAAGUAUGGUUCAAAUUAAUUUAUGGUAUGAUCAAGAGCUUUUCUCUUCCAAAAGAUGAAUUUUAUUGUAAAUAGUUUCUCAAAAUAUUUUUAACUGGAUCACAAGCAUGGGGAGAGAAAGUUUCUCAGCUGCUAAGAAUUUCCCCACUGUUUACUUCUUUCACUUACAGUGGUAUUGCAUAUAAGAUUACAAAAUGUAAGGUUUUAUUUGUAUCUAUUACCCAAACCAUUAAAUGUCUUUAAUUUCCUCGUUGUCUUGGAGGUCCAGUGCACAAAGGGCGGAUAGGGGAACCCUCCCUCUAACCAGUCAGCACUCUAGCCCAGGAUUGAGAUUGUCCCAUCAAGUAGUAUGUGAAGUCAAAUCUUUGUACUCUUCCAGACCAAACAAUGAAAUGGAUUCAUUCAUUUAAAAUUCUAUAAAUUCUGUAAGUGAAAAGAUAGACAACUGUCAGCAGUUGCUUUUUAAAAAGAUCACUAUAAUAAGUACUACAUAGUACGAUAUUAAUUUAUAGCCGGAAAUCAUAUCUUGUAAACUGUAUAUAAAACACUGUUUUAUGGUGCAAUCAUUUGUCAAACUUUUGUCUGUUACAUUGUUUUUAGAGUGUGCGCAUUCUUCUCAGACCUAAGAACAUCACUGUAAAAUCUGCUGAAAACUGUUUAUAGGUUUUAUUUGCACAAGACUUAAUUAGUUUGAAAUUUUUGGAAGCUCCUAUUGAACAUGCCUAAACAUCUGUAAACAUGAAAAAUCUUGGAUUCAUUAAAAGCAAACAUUUCAGUAUGAUUUUUCCCAAAGGUAAUCCAUGUUCUAUGUUGUUAAUGUGUGUACGUAAUUUUUCUGACUCUUACACUUCUUAUCCUAUUUUCUCUUCCAUUUGUUUUGUUUUUGAAGAAUGGCUCCUCUUUUUUUUUUUUUUUUUUUUUUUUUUUUAAUGUUCUAAAUGACCAAAACACUUCAUUGGUUUUUACCCUUCUGCCUAAAGCUUUGAUAUCCCUGCUUGAUGUUCUGUGAAUUCACUGUUUAAUCUCUUAAGUAAAAUAAUAAACAGUCCUGGUGACAUACAAUCUAUUGAUUUAGAGGAAAGGCCCUGAAAAAGUAUUGGAAACUAACUUUAGAUAUACUCUUAGCUAUCAUUUCGCAUCGUGGGCUUCAUGGGAAGAACAUGUUGCAUUUAUUUUGUCUUUAUUAAAAGACUACUAGCCACAAGUUACUCUGAUUGUAGUAACUGUUUUAUCAACCUGCUUUGAUCUUCUUUUAAAAAUUAAAUUUACAUUCACAAUUCAAAACAGUAAGCUGUCUUUCAGAACUAAUUUUUGAAGGAUAAAAAUAUAUGAAGGAAAAACAUGGCCUGUGUAGGUUGCAUUCCCUGCACAGGACUUAACUAGUUGUAUCACCUCAAGAGAUUUUAGAGUUUGUGAUCAAGGUCUGUAUAUUACCCCCAAAUUUUAUUAAGAAUUGUUUUCUAAUUGGUUAUAACAUUUUUCAAUUAAUAAUUUCAAAACAAAUUGUUAAUACAAACUGUAUAAAAUGAACAUAAUUUUCUUCACUUGUAUUUUUGUUAUUGAGCAAGUUUAUCAAAAUAAAUUGUCUACUAAAGAAACUAAAAAGGCUUCUAUUGCUUUGAAAUAAGCUUUGAUUUUAAGAUUUUACUUCAGAAGUUGAAUUCUUACAGAGGUUUUACCUAUUCACACAGUGACAGUGCCUUGCCUCUUUGUUUUGUUUUAGCAUCGGGCAGGGGGAAGGUCUCCGUCUCUUUUUACACUCCUGCUCCCAGCUCCUUCCUUGGCAAGAGAUGCCAUUAUUCUAGAGUGUAGAUGAGGCCAUAUUUACCAAUAAGAAGAGUCACUCAGCAGUAAAAAAAAAAAAAAAAAAAAAAACACAAAAAACACCACAUAUACACAUGUAUGUGGCUUUCUCUUCUGCAUCAUAUUUUUAUGGACUGGGAGAGAUCUACUGAGCCAAGGCCCUCAAAGCCAGCCGUCUUGUGUUUCUUCCUCACACAUAGACCUAAGCCAUUCAUCUUUGCUUCUGUUUCUACUUCACUGCAGGCCAAAGGAUCUUAACUUCUAAGAUUUUUAGAUUGGGGUUGAAGGAGAGUACAGAGUCUCUAGACUCAACCAUGUGCUCCAUCUCAGCUUUACUGCACCUUUCUCGAGGGGUCUUGGGAUUAGCCCAGCUGAGUAAUAGCCAAUAAUCAAAUAAAGCACUGCAUUUACUCUUUGCUGCUGUUUCUCCUUUAUAUGGCCUUUACAGGAGCCUCAUGGGGAGUAUGAAGAUAAAGACAAGAUAGGAUUUGGACAUCCUUGAGUUCUGGAUCAUGAAGGCAUCUUAUCUUCUUAGGGUGGCCAGUCAUCCCCAUUUGCCUGAGACUGAGGGGUUCCCUGGGACAUGAGACUUUCAGGCCUAUAACUGGGAAAGUUCCAUGCAAAAGGGAUGAGCUGAUCACCCUAUCUUUAUACCAUCCAAAUCUAUCCUGAUGUAUAACACAUGAGAGGUAUUUGAAGAGUUCCGUAAAUAUUAAUCGAUAGAUCAAUUGGAAAUUGUAAUAGUAGACUUCCACUGAACUUAUAAGACAGCGGGAGAAAACACUUUUCCUUCUUUUUGAUAAUAAUUUAGGAAAAAACAGACUGGCUUUAAAAACAGUAACAUGAAGGCACCUGACUUGCUCAGUCGGUAAAGCAUACAAUUCUUGAUCUCAAGGUUGUGAGUUCAAGCCCCAUGUUGGGCAUAGAGCCUCCUUAAAAAACAACAGCAACAAAAACCAUAAUAACAUGAGUCCAAAAACACAUUUUGACUUAGUCUUGCACUAACUCUGUUCUAACCACCGUAUGAGAAGAUUUUAGGAAAAAUACCAAGACUAAAGGACUGGGUUCCUCUUACGCAAAGUCAACUCUUCUGGGUCACAGUUACCCAGCAACAAAGUAAAAGUAGGUAUUUAUAAAUGGAAUCAAAGAUAGAAAGCAUAAUGCUGUAUUACUUUUUUUUAGAGUUUUGGUUCUUUUCCCAGGAGGAGAAAACAAUGGGAUGGCAUUUUCAAGCACAUUCAAGUUUUCUACAAUUCAGUCCCAGUUCCACUCACAGACUUACGACCACCGAAGAUUAAAUUUCAAGAAGAGAUUUCUCAUGAGACUCAUAAGAUUGUAGAGCUGGAUGAAAUCUAAAAGAGCAUAUCCAGUGUUAACUUGUUCGAGAUGAAGAAAAUGAAGGUCAAGGCCUCAGAAAAGUAUACCGACUUUCCCAAAGUCACACAACCAGCAGAGCCCUCAACCCAGGAGAAAAUGCCUUUGACAGAUAGUCAUUGGGCAGUUGAUCUAGGACAGCUGUUCUGGUCUACAGCCGUCUGAACCAGUCUUCCUUCAACUUCGAUCUACUUCGAUCCACCCAAAUAACUUCUGCCAAAAUAAUCUUAACACGAAAGCAUAUCGUUUCUUUUUGAGUUCCUGUCAUUCCUAAUCUGCAGAAUGAAGUCCCAUCUUCGUUAACAUAGCUUCAUGAUCUGGCUUUUGGUUUUGUUUUUUCCCCACCACUGUAUCUUUUUUUUUUUUUUUUUUUUUUUUUGUAGUUUUAUGGUUUUAUUAACACAAAUACAAUGUGCACGUAAGCUGCUUGUCCAUUCAUUUUCUUCGCUGGCGCAGCCUGGCAUUAGGAUUGGUGACUCUAAUGGACAGUUGGGCUGCUCUUUCCACAGUGGCCUUGUGGUUCUAGGAGGAGACAGUCUUACCACUGUAUCUUUUCAUCCUAUGCGGACAAGCCAGCUAUUCUCCAUUCUUUCACUACACCUGCUCUUUGUCUUAGUUGUGGCUGCACUACCUCCUUCUCACAGUUUUCCCUAAUACCUCUCAUAUUUGCAACAUAUUUAAGUUUUUUGUGCUUUCUCUCUUUGUUUAUACCUCUGUAAAAGAACUUAUUUGGGGCAAGUAGAGUGCCUGGAUUCAAAUCCUGCUUCCAAAAUUCUAGCUGUGUGACCCUUGAUAAAUCACUUAGCCUCUGUGAGCCUUGUUUUUUUUCACCUAUAGAAUGGGGCUAAUGUCAUAGGGUUACUGUUGGUUCAAAGGAGAAAACAAGGAGAGCACCGGGCACAUAGUAAGCGUUCAAAUGUUAAUUGCUGCUGUUCUUAUUUAUAAAUACUUCUUGAUCACUGGAUUACAAACUCUUGAAUGCAAGGAAUGUGGCUUUCUUAUUUUCCUUAGAGACCUGGCACAGUGAUUUACAUGUGAACUGAAUUAUCAUAAUUAAAUUUGGGGCUUGGUUACAAAGAAAAAUUAUGAAACUGUAUUUGAAAGACCUAAUCGCCUGUCUGACAGGAUCAUUUCAGUGAAAUCCUUCGUAAAAGCAGAGGCUUUCCUAGAUCAGCCUUUCAUAAGUAAGUGUGGUUAUUUUAUUGGUAAGUAUUUGACCGUGUAAUACGCCAGUUUCUUUAGGAUGUAAGACCUAAGACCAUUACUACUCAAGACCCUUUGUGGACUCAAGACCCUUUACUACUGAAUUCACAGUGCUCUCAUGUGGACACUAAUGCAAAAAGGACCAGGAUGAUGCAAGCACCCUGUUGAUCCUGAGAUAACUCUCUGGAGGCUUCUUUCAAGCUUUUGGGUCUCAACUAUCUAGAAGCCACAGAUUUGGUAUGUUUCACAAAGACUUGGUUCUGCCAAGAUGGUUUUAAUUAUUUCUGCUAAAAGGAAUAGACUCAAGGAUUUGAUCUCACUUUAAAUGUAGUUAUCCCCAACUGGCCAUUUUAUGGCCUUUUAGUAAAUACUGCCAUUGUAUUUGGUCAUCAUUAAAUCAAUCUCUAUUAUCUGUCAAGGCAAGUCACUAAAAUAAAUGCGGUCUGGCACUAUUUUCAUGUUGUUUAAAUAUUUAAUUUACUUGCCUUAGACAAUUCAAGUAUUAAAUAAAAAAUUUUAAGUUUAUUUAUUUUGAGAGAAAGAGAGACUGGGGGAGGGGCAGAGAGAAGGGAAGAGAGAGAGAAUCCCAAACAGGCUCCGCACUGUGAGCGUGGACCCCAACAUGGGGCUCAAACUCAAGAACCCUAAGAUCAUGACCUGAGUCAGAACCAAGAGUCAGAUGCUUAACCAACUGGGUCAUGCAGGCACCCUUCUUAAAUAAUUUUUUUUUUUUUAAACCUCAUUCUUUUACAUCGCUUCGAUCUCUGUGGCAAAAUGCAAAUGCAGUUGAAGAACCAAUCAGAGAAAAUCCUUUCUAUUAUGAUAAAUUGAUGAUAUAUUGUUCUCGAGGAGAAAAUAAUCCAUCCACUUAUCUAAGAAAGCUUUUGACUACCUCAUAUUUUACUAAUGUCAUUAGUAGCAAAGUGAACUCGUAUUGUGGUGUCACUCCCACUCAUGCCACUCUAGCAUUUCACCUCAUUUUUACAUCAUCAGAAACAUUUUCUUGUCUGAAGUGCUGUUGUGGAGACGGAAGUUACCAUAACCCUAAACUGGGGCAAAGGAUUUUUUUUUUUUUGUACAGUAAUACAUUUGUAGAAUUAAAAAAAAAAAAACUGUAAGAAAUUAAAAGUCCCUCCUCAACCCACCUUCCAGAGAUUAUCACUGUUAACAGUUUAUUAGGUAUUCCUGCAGAUAUUUUGCUAUAGUUACAAUAUAUGUAUAUCAUGUGUGUCUAUACGCAUGUUGUACACAUGUGUGUCAUGGGUAUGUCCUGUCCAGUUGUUUUAACAAAAACAAGAUCAUAUUAUACAUACCUGCCACUACUUUUUUUAACUUAUGGUGGACAUCUUUGUUCAGUAAAUAUAAACCUUAUGCAUUUUUAGUGGCUGUAUUGUGUGUGUGUGUGUGUGUGUGUGUGUGUGUGUGUGUGUGUGUGGUGUGUUGAUUUACUUCCUCCCUUUUUGAUGUUCAGUGUUGUUUCCAAGUUUUUUGCUAUUACAAAUAAUGCUGCUGUGAACUCAGGUCUUAGGUAACAGAAACUUCCCAAAUAUCAUGAUAACUAACAUUCUAACUGAAGCAUAUCAACUACUGUAUUAAGGCAGUUCAUGAAUUUUUAAAUACUGUGUUUAAGAGAUAAUGGCAUUCGAUUAAGAGUUUGGAGAAAGAAACUAACAUUAAAUUCAUGCUAUUUUUUUUUAAGUUUAUUUAUUUAUUUUUGAGAAAGCACAAGUGGGGUAGGGACAGAGAGAAAGGAAAAGAGACUCCCAAGCAGGCUGCACACUGUUGGUAUGGAACCUGAUGUGGGACUUGAACCCACAACCUGUACGAUCAUGGCCUGAGCCAAAGUCAUAUGCUUAACCAACUAAGCCACCCAGGUGCUCCCAUGCUAUGUGUUUUUCCACAUGUCCUCUUAAUCAUCCUCCUAAGGUAAAGUAGAAGUGGUAUUUUAUAGACCAGAAAACCAUCUGGGUUACCCAUCUUGGGUGAACAAUUUACCCAAGAUUCAGUAACUAGUUACUAUUGAAUCUGGGUUUCAAACCUAAGUUCUCUGACUUCAAAUCAAGGACUACCUCUGCUGUCCUGGCUAGUGUAAGGGAAAUAAAAAUAGCUUGUCCCAGUUGCAUGAUUUCUUGGCUCAGACAUGAACAGCUGAAUCUAUGGUUUGCUUCUUCUGGAUGAGGAAUGCAAACAACCAUAAAAGGUAGUCCUGCUUAGAAACAACCUAUAAAUGUUAUAUGUUUUGUUGAGGGGAAAAGUAUGUAAGUUAUUAUUAAGUUGUGUUUAAUCUUCCAUCAUUCCCCUCUCAUUGUCAGACUUUCUGCAAUCUUGCUACGUGGUAACUUCACUGAUUGGUGAACUAGAUGACGUCACCCCUUGAUUUUACUGUUUCCCUUUUGGGAAUUGUGUACCCAGGAAAAUUUUCCCAUACAGGCUAUAUCUUGUCCCCUCUGUAGCACUUAAAAGAACACCAAUUAACUAGAUCCCUGCUACCUUGUUGAUAGGAAAUCUACUGGCUAUUGGUUUACCCUCGGGUCAUUCAUGGGUUCAUGACCCAAAUAUUAAGAAGUCCCCUCUAACUCAUUGGGAUGAGCACUGGGUGUUGUAUGUAAGUGAUGAACCAUGGGAAUGUACCCCCAAAAUCAAGAGCACACAGUACACACUGUAUGUUAACCAAUUUGACAAUAAAUUAUAUUUAAAAAAUUUUUUUUAAUUUAAAUUUUUAAGAAAAGAAGCCCCCUCUAGUCAUUUGUCAUCUUUCUACACUUAUUACUAGUGAGACAUCAACUAUUCCAGCCUGAAUGGUGCAGUAGUUCGUGUCCAUCCCACACUCGGGCCAUGGCGAAGUUUGGUGAGCUGGGAAGACUUUCUCCCUGGACUGAGGACGCAUUUCCUCUUAGACCUUGGCAUCUCAAAGUGUUGCUACCAAACAGUAGGUCUCUAACUCCCUCUGAUUUUCAGAUACCUGAUUUCUUGACCUCUGUCUCUGUCAGUAACAAUGACCUUUCAGUAUUGGGUUUUGCUUCUUGUAAAAUGUUGAAAAAUCUAUGUAUCCUGGAGCAAUGGGAAUGGUGAGAGUAUUAAACUACAUGUCUUGGGCCUUCAUGUCUUCCAAAAUGGUGUCUCAAAGCUAGCCAGCCCCUUCUACCCAGGAUUUCCAGUAGGGUGGGCACAAGGACCCUCACCUCUUGUUCACAGACUAGCUAUUGGUUGGUUGCUUUCGGCCUUUUCUGACUUCCUUACCUCUCUCUGAUCUCCCUCCUCUCCUGCUUUGUUGAGUGUCAACGAAAUGCCCUUCCAAAUGCCACACUACUCUCAACCCAUGACUACUCUGCCCACAGUAACUGGUAGGUAAACAAUGUUGAUUUUGGGGGGAUUUGUUGUUUCCCAUCUGGCCUAAAGGAGCCACUAGUAGUGUCAACAUUGGAAGAGGUACUCCGCUGUAUGAUGGUUACCACAAGUAGCACAUGCUCUACAUUAUAAAAUCAAAGGUUCAUAAAGUGAAGAUAGUGAUUUGAGAAAUUACUUAGAUGAACUAAGUAGAGAUCUCCUAGCCUCUUACAAGCUGGUAGACAUUGGGUACAUCACUUCUCUCUUGACUUCCAUAAAAGGAGUUGAGUUGAAGAGGUCCCCAACUAUGGGCCAAGGGCUGGUUACAUCACAAUCACCUGGGACCAUUGUUAAAGAUUCCUGUUCCCACACUCUACUACAGUUCUGUACCAGUCUCCCAAAUGCGAAUUUCCUACCACAGGAUGUAACCUGGCUCUGUACUGGUCUAGACUAGAAAUAGAAAAGAAGUCCAAACCCUGCUUCCAGGCUUUUGUAAAGGUGGAGAAAAGCAGAGUGCCUGGGGAGAGGUUGUUAUCAACGACAAAGUGGGCGAGCUUCACUGUGGAGUCGCUUGGAGGAGCUUAGAGGAAGUGGGAGCCAGGAAAAGCAGAUACCUCUCCUCUCCCAGAGAUGGAGAAAUAAAUGAAGAAAUGCAGGAAAAUAAGUGUUGGGUGUUUUAUAAUGGCUACAGAUACUAGUCAUGUCUUCCAUGGUCAAGAUGAUAAGUUUCUGGAAAACCACUGUGUAAGGAGAAGCAAUGACAGAGAUUCAAAGAAGCACUUGGACCAGAAGGAUAUCCAUGGACUCGGCCAAAAUCCAGACAACGGACUACUGGUUACACAUGUUAACCAGACACAGGAUUUACUGAGGCUACAGGGAGACGAGACCCAACCUUCAGCUUGGGAGGACCCGGAAGACUGGCUUUCCACACACAGUUUACAGUUUGAGAGGCUCACCUUGGCUGACCUGAUUAGCCAGGGCACCACAGUACUGGAGGAGGGCAGCGAUGUCAUGAGGAAAGUGCACUUCUCCACGCAGAUGAUCCACCAGUUUGAAUCAAAGCUUUCUGGAGCUAUUGAACUCUAUCAACAGAGAAUCCAGUGGCUCACAGAAAGCAGCAGGAAGGCAUUUGGCCUCAUCAAGGGAGCCAGAGUUGGCAUCAUCGUUGAUGUGUCCGCCAUUGGCAGUGGCUCUCAAAAAGAGGAGUUCCAAAAUGACCUCCUGAGCCUCAUUGAUGAGCAGCUGAGCCACAAGGAGAAGCUGUAUGUCCUGUCCUUCGGCACCAGCACCAGCGCCCUCUGGCCAGACCCCGUGGAAGUCAGCCCCUCCACCCUCCAGGAACUCAAGCUCUGGGUGAAGAAGCUCCAGCCUGAUGGGGGCAGCAAUCUGCUACAAGCCCUGAGGAAAAUCUUCACCCUGAAGGGACUGAAUUCUCUGGUGACCAUAAUGGGCAGCUGCCCAGAUCAGCCUUCUGAAAUUCUGUCCAACUACAUCCAACAGUCCACUGUGGGACGGGACCUCAUCACCCACGUCAUCACCUACAAAUGCAACGAUCAGGUGCCCCCUGCUGUCCUAAAGAACCUUGCAGAAGCUCUUGGGGGCUACUACCACUGCUAUAGCACAGAGACGGAGGUCUAUACCAGUGGGGACAUGGACCAGCUCCUGGCAGAAAUCCAGAAGGCCCAGAGCCUCCUGAGCCACAUCCAAGCCUUGCGCAACAGGACCCCCAAUGAGGAGCUAACGGGCAUGAUGAAGGAGAUUUCCACAGAGAUUGCAAAAGGGCCACUCACAGGUCUCUUGCCUAAACCCCCAAAGCAUGAGGGUCCCCUCACAAUUGAGUUCCCAAACUUGGAGAAGACUUCUGCAGAAUGGCUAAAGAUCAAUGGCCUAAAAGCCAGGAAACUAAGCCUUUAUCAGGUUCUGGCACCCAAUGCAUUCUCUCCCGUGGAGGAAUUUGUGCCUAUUCUCCAGAAAACAGUAUCUUCAUCUAUCUAUGAGAAGGCAAUGGUACAAUUUGAAUGGCAUGACGGGACAGUGAAGAAUGUUCAUGUGGACCCGCCCUUCCUCUAUGAGUACCAGAAACAGCUCAGCAGAGCUAUGCGGAUGUAUGAGAGGCGGAUUGAGUGGCUCUCCUUGGCCAGCAGAAGAAUCUGGGGCACCGUCUGUGAAAAAAGGGUGGUUAUACUGCUGGAUAUCUCUGUGACCAAUUCCAUGUACAUUAUUCAUAUCCAGCACUCCCUGCGGCUUCUGCUGGAGGAGCAGUUGUCCAACAAGGACUGCUUCAACCUCAUCGCGUUUGGAAGCACAAUAGAAAGCUGGAGGCCAGAGAUGGUUGCCGUGAACCACGAAAACUUGCAGAGCGCCUGGCGUUGGGCCCUGACUCUGCAGUGUCACGGCAGCAGGAACGUCCUCAGCGCCCUGCGGAAGGCUGUGGAAGUGGAUUUCAAGGACAAAGACGGUCACCAAUCUCAGGGCAUCUACCUCUUCACGGGGGGCAUCCCUGACCAGGAUGUGCCCAUGCUCAGCGCCUACAUGGCUGAGGCCUGUGGGGGCUGCGAUCUCCAGCUGAACAUAUGUCUCUUCUACGUGGGCGAGCCCCAGAUGGACAUCAUGCCCCCUGCCCGCUAUGCCAGCCGCACCGACACAGCCGCCGCCUACCGGGAGAUCACCCAGGCCACGGCCGGACGUUUCCACUGGUUUGGAGACACAGGUAUUUACGAAAGCGAUGACAUCAAUGCCAUCGUGUCUGAGAUGGAAAAGGCUCUCAACUACUCCCAAAAGUGUGCCUUACUGGUGUCCUCACUGAAGAACCAGUCUGGGAAAGAAGUGGAAAGCUCAGCCCUCCUGAAAGAAAAACCAAAGAUGUUCAAGCAAAGAAGUCAGCCCAGGAAACUCUAUUCUUCCAAGCCCACAGCUCCCUCGGUGGCCAGAAUGAGCCUUAAAGAUGACCGUGACAGAAAGAAGAGCUCCCCCUUGGAAGCUCUGACAUGGCGGCCACUUAGUGGCAAAGCAGGCGUCCCACCAGCUUCAGCCCAGCCAGUGAAAGAAGGGACCGCAGAAUGGAGGAGGAAGACCAAGUGGAGAGAAGCAGAGACAUCUCUCUCACUGUUUUAUACGGAGACGGGGAAUAACGUGGGCUCGGUCUACAAGAAAUACCCUCAAGGAAGGGGAAUACGAAAGGUUAGCUCUUCUAUCCAGUUGCCCAGGAAGGAUGCAGUUUGCUCAAGCCAAGAGUGGGUAGCAAAUUAUGGGCUCAAAAAACUGAGGAUGGAAAUCUCCAGAUACAUUGGUCCCAGCUGCACUCAUCAGAAGUCAGCCCAGGGGCUGGCGUCAGCCAAAUACUGCAACAUCCUGCCCAGUAUAGAGAUCAAUGGGGUAGUGAGACAUAUCCAGUGGACGCCCAGGGAAAUGGAAGCAUACAUCACAUGUCUGGAGAAGGUGAUGAGGCGCUAUGUCCAGAGGCUGCAGUGGCUGCUGUCUGGGAGCCGCCGAUUAUUUGGCACCAUUUUGGAGAGCAAAGUGUGCAUCCUGGUGGACACGUCGGGAUCCAUGGGCCCCUACCUGCAGCAGGUGAAGACGGAGCUGAUUCUGCUGAUUUGGGAACAGCUGCGCAAGCACUGUGACAGGUUUAACCUGCUCAGCUUUGCGGAGGACCUACAGCUGUGGAGGGACACUCUGGUGGAGACCACAGAUGCAGCCUGUCACGAGGCUAUGCAGUGGGUGACCCACCUGCGUGCUCAGGGGAGCACCUCAGUCUUGCAAGCAUUACUGAAAGCCUUCAGUUUUCACGAUGUGGAAGGAUUGUACCUCCUGACCGACGGGAAGCCAGAUACAAGCUGCAGCCUUAUUCUGAAUGAAGUCCAAAGACUCAAGGAGGAAAGAGAUCUGAAACUGCACACCAUCUCCCUGAACUGCUCAGGCAGGGCAGCGGUUGACUUCCUGAGAAAUCUAGCCUCCCUCACGGGGGCCCGCUAUCACUGCCCUGUUGAUGAGGACACACUCUUCAAAAUCCACGGCCUGCUGACCAAGGGCUUCGUGGACGAAAGGGACCCCGAAUUGCCACUAUUUGAAGGAGAUGAUUUGAGAAGAUUGGCCCAGGAGAUCACCAAGGCCAGAAGUUUCCUCCGGAAGGCCCAAUCCUUCAGGUCUCAACACCAGAAGAAAAACAACACAGAACCAAAUGUCACUCUUUUCUAGAGAAGGGUUCUCAGCACACCCUACACUCCAGCCACAAAAUUAUCACUUGCUAGGAAGCCUUGCACCAAGCCCUGCCUGGAAACGCCCUUCUUACCACCCUCUGCCUGGUGACUCCUGCUCAUCCAUCAAGGCACAACUCAUAUGGCAUCAGCUCCACUGUGAAGAUGUCCCUGGGACCCAUCAAGAGCUGGGAGACUCCAGCCUUCCUCCCACUGCAUCCGGACCAAACAUCUGUUUUCACGGCAGUGACACUUAGCAUUUAUGAUGCCUAGCACUCCAUACCAUGCUUCCUUACUCCCUUUGCCAACUCUUUUUCUUGGCUGUGAGCUCCCCCAGGAUGAGGCUGGUGUCCUAGGUCCCCAGAACCUGCCACAGGGGCAGAUGUAGUAAACUGAGCAUCCAGCUUAGCUGUGGGAGUCCAGCUCUGGAAACCAGCCAGAGCAUGUUAUUUCUGCCCUGGUCCCCUCACCCUCUGCUUCCCACCACCCUGGUCCGGGGACGUGAUGCAGAUUCACCAUCAGCCCAUCUUGGGAGCAAAAACCAGUGAGCCUUACCACCUGCCCCCUACCUGUUCAACCAAACUGAAUUAAGGUCUGCCCUGCUCAAGCGGGUGAAAAUUGGGUUGGGUCCACUGGGCCCGGCCCUGCUGUGUACAUAUGAAAUGACUGUCUCAUGUAUUAUGUGGUCUGGAGUGAUUUCCUGAGAUGAGAAAAAAUUGCUUUUAUUUAAUUAAAUAGAAUCAAAAUGA